AGCACGAUGUCUGAAUUCAGAAGGACCAUAAUGUCUUCAUUCCUGAUGCUGCUGCUCCACUUUACAGCAGCAAAGUUGAAAUAUUUCUUCUUGACUGUCAGACCUGGAGAUGAAGUCACUUUGCCUUGUGACAAUGUGAUACAUGAUCAGGAUAAAUGUGACAGUACUAGCUGGUACUUUGUUGAUUCAAGUAGCUCAACAGCAGUAAAGCUGGUUCAUCGUGGGCAGAUUGUUAAAGAAGCCAAAGCUCAAUCAGACAGACUGAGAGUUACAGAGAAAUGUUCUCUGGUUAUAAAGAAGGUCACAGACGAGGAUGUUGGUUAUUACGCAUGUAGACAGAUCAGAUCAGGAGAACAAGAAUGUCCAGACUCUGAGGUUGAGCUGACUGUUGUUAACAUGACUGAACAUCUGGACAAUGAUGAGGUGACGUUAAACUGCUCUGUGACGACUUACUUAUGGUGUGAACUCACAGUGAAGUGGCUGUUUCAGGGUCAAGAUGUGGAUAAAGAUCACAGAGAGAUUAAGACAUCACAGUCUUCCUGCUCUGCCUCUGUGACAUUUCUGACUUCUCAUUUUAGUAACACACCAAGAUCUAAGAUGUUUACUUGUGUAGUAAGAGAUAAGCUCGCAGGAGAAGAGCAUCAGUUUCCUUUCAUCCCUCAGUCCUCAGGUUGGUGGUGGUGGAUCAUCGUUGUGAUAGUGGGUGUUGCAGCACUCACAAUAAUCACUGUGGCUGUCAUCAGACGGAAGAGGACUCAAGGGAAUGAAACGCAGACGGAUGACAACGUGGCUGAUCCUGAAGAUGGUGUUUCCUACGCCCCCAUCAGCUACACCAGGAAGAGCAGCAGUAAAGCCAGGGCUCAUGAUGAUGAUGAUGUUGAAGAUGAUGCAGUGACCUACAGCACUGUGAGAGCUCCCUCCUCUUCCUCUGCUGUCUCCACCGAUCCCAGCCUCCUCUACGCCACCGUCAACAAACAGAGAAAGAAACGGAUUGUAAGGGCAUAGCUAGCACUGUUAUAAUAAGAUGGCUUAGUUGCAUCAAAUAGAGAGUACGGCAGCAGCUUUAUGAAAACAUGUGAGUCCCUCUUGAGGUGGAUUUUGAAAAAAGGUUCAGACAUGUUGGAGAUUUACUGUAUUCUUAAUAAUUACACCGUGGGCAUAAUGAAGGUUUUGUAAAGUCGAUUCUGGCUUUUUUAUUACUGUUUUUAAAAUAUAUAUAAUUCA